AUGUUGCGGCAGGGACACCUCAAAGAGAUAUUAGGCGAUAAGGGGAGAACCAACUUCGUAAGAGGACGUGAAUACCAAGGCCCGACGAAACCGCCAUCACAACCUCAUACUAUCAAAAUGAUCAUCAGCGGCAACGACGAUGCCUCCAUCAACGGCGUGAAGUUCACCACAACUCACAAGCUCAAGUGGUCUAUCACCCGUGAAUGGCAUGACGAAUUUGAAGAAAGUAUCAUCUUCGAUGAUUCAGAUGCCGACAGUUUGACUUCUCCUCAUAAUGACGCCCUCGUUAUUACUUUACGCAUUUUAGAUACCGAUGUAAAAUGCAUCAUGGUGGACGAUGGAAGUGGAGCAUGCAUUAUCCAUCCCCGAGUCCUCACCCAAAUGAGACUAAAGGAUAAGAUAGUGUCGCGUUGCAUCAGGCUAACUGGUUUUAAUAAUGCAGCUAAACGGACAUCCGGGGAAAUUACACUCCCUGUUUUGGCUGACUGCGUGACUUUGGAGACGACAUUUCACAUCAUGGACCAGGCCACCGCGUACAACACUAUAGUGGGACAACCAUGGAUACAUCCCAUGAGAGUCAUACCCUCCAGGCUAUACCAAGCAAUUAAAUUACCAACACCAUGA